AGUUUGUGUCACACAACACCUCUAGUGUCUGGUCUACAACGAGGCUUCUUAUUAUUCGUCCCCGGCGUGGGAGUAGGUGAUUUGUCAUUUUGAAUUUGAAAAGCUUCUAAAUUGCAAUAACCACUAAAUCUAACAGGACCUGUUUAGAAAGAACCCAUUUGUGGACGCUGCUGGAAAGAAAACAAACUUCGUGACUUGCCCGAAGAUAUUUUAAAUUGAGAAAAUUGAUGUAAAUCUGUCUUCAUCCUCUAACCACAACAGAAGCGGUGCGCAUAAUUGUUGCGUGUUUACAGAACGAAAGCACAUCGCAUGGACACUCGCAGGAAAGGACUUUUCUUCGUUGCUUCCUUGGCGAAAAAACUAUGUGAAUAAGGGAAAAAACAUCCAUUGUCGCAAGCGAGGAUCAACUAGUUAUUAAUUGUGAUCAAAUAGCAGGUCUGCCAAACAGGAAUCGGCUACAAAAUGAGCCUUAAUACGCUAGGAAACGAACCUCUUUCCAUUGAUGGUGAUAAUAAAUUCUAUGAUGAUAUUUUCAGCGCCCUGAAAGAUAUGGAGUCGUUUCUGAAGGACAUCAAGUUAGCGCCAUUAUCUGAACGACAGAUUAAGGAAAGGAAUCGUGUUGARCAGGUCGUUCAUAAUCUACAGCUCAAGAUAGCGGAACACGUGCACGAAAUCCAGCGCAUCAAUGGCGUCAAGUCGCCUAGACCUGCCAGAAAGAACUCUCCCCACCACGACCCUAAGGAUAAGUUCCACUUUAAUUUCCAUGAACUGAGCGCAGAGAGAAGCGACCUAAUGCAGGCUAGAAUGGCUUUGCGCACAUCUUACUCUCCUGAGGCAAAGAGAAGAUUGGARACAGCACCAAAGAUACGCCCACGGUCGAUUUCAUGCCCCGAGAUACGCUACACUCCUCCCCAUAGCUGGAAAACCUCAUUACCUAAAGUGCCAGAAAACGAAGAAUUCAAAGAAGACGAUGAAAAGGAGAAUAAAGUGAGGAAAUGAUUACAAACUUUUGACAUGAAUAAUUACACUGCCUUUUUAAUGAGGCUUUCUGGCAAUUUGCAUAUCACGUGAUCUAUCAGCCCAAGGUCCAUAACGGGAUUGGCUCUGAUGAACAGAGUAAUCUAAAUGUAUAUCUUGUUCUUUCUUGUCUUUGUCGUCGAGAAACUGAUAUAUAAAUCCGUAACAGUUUGCUGGAUAACUUGUGAGCUCUAAUAAAACACUUCUUUUUUUCGUGGCUACUUAUCAAAAUUCACAGAAAUGUUAAAUUGGUGAAUGAAAAARCUCUUCCCUUGUCUCUGGACACAUCAAUGAGCAUUUGUCUUGUCCUUACUARGGAUCUUUUUCCCUUUUAUCUCUCUCAUAUCUUAUAGUCGGUCURUACAGCCAGCUGGGCAGGUUAAUUUAAAUGACCGUGUAAAUAAUAAAAUGAUUAUUAAUAGUAAUAUUUGAGUCAAAUAAAGGAUGCUUUAAAGAUUA